AUGAAUCCCACGGACGCACAUGCACAGCGACAUUUACGUUUGCUGCGUAACAUCGAGCUCAGCGACAAUGUGCAUUCGUCUAUUGCCAACCAAAUCGCCAAAAAUCCGGAUAAUUUCUCGCGCCAGACUCGUGCAAAACACGCUUACGAUGAGCUGCUGAUACCGGAAAACCCGGCGCUAGCGGUAGCGCUUGCAAGACCAGAGUCAAAGUCGGGACGUGUGUCGAAACCAGUUUCGCGAAUAGCGGGCAACAGUUUUGAAGGGUGGUCACUUCCAGACGAGGCCGAUCUAGCUAACGCCAUCAACCCCAAUGUUCAAUUUCCCAAAAUUGAUCCAUUUCGUGGAACUUACAAAAAAAACAUCAUCAAGGUUCGCUACGAUCCUAAAAAAUUGUUGGACUUUGAUAACCUCAUAACAAAUUCGACUGUCGAUCCCAACAGAUAUGAGAUCGAUUUCAAUGUUCACGAACCAGAAACGCUCUUUAACAGAAUUGACAAUGACAGUUCGAGACCGUACAGGUGUGCAAUAGCCGACAAAAAAGAUUCGUCAACCCAAAGUACCACACCCUCUUUGAAAGAUCGAGAAUUUUUCCAGGCACUUCUCUAUAACGCUAGUCCUGCUGCAUACUAUAACGGAAACCUUCUUCUGGCUUUUAGUGAAGUAGAAGACCGAGAGCUCACCCAAAUUAAGCGUUUUAAGACCAAGAGGGAAGCGUCCAAGAUAGAAUACAUUCAUUUUCGGGAUUUCGAGAUCAAAACUUGGUACAUUGCACCGUAUUCAGAAGAGUUUAACAAAAACAAGAUCCUCUACAUCUGCGAGUAUUGUUUGAAGUACAUGAAUUCAAGAUAUGUUUAUUAUCGACACCAACUAAAAUGCUCGCGACGCCAUCCACCCGGAAAUGAAAUAUACAGGGACGGAAAAAUUUCAAUUUGGGAAGUUGAUGGCAGAGAGAAUGUCAAUUAUUGCCAAAGUCUGUGUUUACUGGCCAAACUUUUCCUCAACUCAAAAACACUUUACUAUGAUGUGGAACCCUUUAUAUUCUAUAUCCUUACUGAACGCGAGGACCUGAAUGGCGAAUGUCAAUUCCACUUUGUAGGCUACUUCUCUAAGGAAAAGCUUACAUCAACCGACUACAAUUUGAGCUGCAUUCUCACGUUGCCUAUUUACCAAAGAAAAGGCUACGGUCACCUCCUGGUUGAUUUCUCCUAUUUACUGACAAAGAGGGAGUACAAAUGGGGAACUCCGGAGAAACCUCUAUCCGAUUUAGGACUUCUUUCCUAUCGAAACUAUUGGAAACUCAAACUCUGCCAGGUACUGCACUCGCUGAAAGAAAUCAUAACCGAAGCUGAAGAAAAAGGCUUUGUUUUUCAGUGUUGCAUCGAAGAUCUUUCAAAUCUCACAGGCAUGAUACCUACAGAUAUCAUAUUCGGACUUGAGCAACUUAACAUUUUACAUCAUUAUACUCAAGAAGGAAAUACCAAGUAUGCUUUAAAAAUAGGUGACUGGUCACUUAUUGAGAAAACCGUCAAGGCUGCCGGUUUGAAGAAUUGGUACACAUUGAAGCCAAAAAAUUUGGUUUGGAAGCCAAUGAUAUUUGGUCCAUCCUGUGGCAUUAAUGCCAUGGGGACAAUGAUUGAGACUACUGGAGCACAGAGAACCACAAAUUCUAUUCAAAAAGACGGUGUUGAUAGCUUCAACAACAGUUUAUCCGUUUUAGUGAAUUUUCUUCAGGAUGAUAUUGCUGAUCCGAGAAGCAUUGAAGAGGCGUGCCUGCAAAAAAUUAAAGGACAGCAAGGUCUAAACUUAAGUUCAACUAUCCUAGCCAAUCUUAAGUUGUCUUACGAGAGAAUCAAUAAUGACAUUCCUCUACCGCUUAACGGGAAGAACGAAAUGCCCAAUCAGCAUGCAACGACUGUUCACAAGAACAGUAAAGAUGUACCAACAUGCCAAAGCAACGAUAUAAUGGCAGCCGAACUUGUGGACCCCGCGCUGCAAGAUAAUGAAGAGCAACAACUGUUAGAGAACGAUGAAGAUGCUGAUGGCACCUUUUUUGAUGCUAAUGAUGACGAAGAGAUAAAGUACUCCAGCGCAUCGGAUGGCAAUAGUGAUGAGGUCGGUCGUCUCAAUAAUUUAGAUGACACUAUUUCUGACUCCAAUCAGAUGCUGAAACGGAGUAAAAGAGGACGGUUUAUAAAACGAGCCAUCGAGAGUGAUGACGACGCCGAGGAAAAAACCUACACUGGCCGACGCUUAAGAAGCGUAAAUCACGCAUGA